AUGACUGGUGCACAGGAAUGCAUGACGGGUAAACAGGAAUACAUGACUGGUGCACACGAAUACAUGACGGAUAAACAGGAAUACAUGACGGGUAAACAGGAAUACAUGACUGGUGCACAGGAAUACAUGACGGGUAAACAGGAAUGGAUGACAGGUAAACAGGAAUACAUGAAUGGUGCACAGGAAUACAUAACUGGUGCACAGGAAUACAUGACGGGUAAACAGGAGUACUUGACGGGUAAACAGGAAUACAUGACGGGUAAACACGAAUACAUGACGGAUAAACAGGAAUACAUGACAGGUAAACAGGAAUACAUGACUGGUGCACAGGAAUACAUGACGGGUCAACAGGAAUGCAUGACUGGUAAACAGGAAUACAUGACUGGUGCACAGGAAUACAUGACGGGUAAACAGGAAUACAUGACGUGUAAACAGGAAUACAUGACGGGUAAACAGGAAUACAUGACGGAUACACCAGCAUAUGUGAAGUGA